UUUCUCAUUGGCAGCAUGUGAUUGGCAAUGAGAAUAAAUUGCGCAUGCGUCAUAUAGUCUUAUUUAUUUGACAACAGAAAUGUCUAGUACUCUGAAUAAUAAUGAAAUUCUUGAAAGAAAUGAAGGUGAGAGGAUGCAGAAAGUGAAAGAAGUGAGAGUGAGGAUAGAGGAAGAGAGAAUGAAGAAGUUGAGGGAAAUAGAACAACAAUUUAUUCUUUCUAAGAGGCACCGUGAGCAGUUGGAUGAAGAGAGGAAGAGAAAAAUUGAGGAGGCUCGUGUAAGGGAAGCAGAACGUCGCAUCCAAGUGGAGGAAAGAAAAAGACAGAUUUGGGAGGCAGAACAGGAAAGGAAAGAAGCCAUUCUGCGACGGAAUAUGGAGAGAGAAGCCAGGAUUGAAGCAAGACGCAAUGCUCAAAGGAACUCUCAAUGCUUUGCUUUUGGCAGCUCUACACCUCGAACUUUCGACUUUGACCUGGCAGCUAUUGGCAGCCAAGGACCUGUUUUGAUGUCUUCUGUCAGCAAUAGGCGAUCUGAAGAGAGAGAGCCAUCACGUGCUACUUCCGCCUGCAGUCUAGACAGGAAAUUCGAAACUAAACCUCCAACACGGGAUGUAUUAACUAAUUCACCAGCAGUUCUUGAUCAGAAUUACUUGUAUAAGAAAAUUGCUUUACGCCAUAAAAGUUCCAAUGACAUGAAAGCUUGCCUCUCAAUGUUGGAUCCCCAUCCACCUUUUCUAUUAGAGGGUUCAGGGUAUUUAGUUGGUGGUGAAGAUUUGAUGUCCAGAAGCAUGAUCUCAUUGUCUACAUUCCGGGGCAGGAAGAGAACGGACAUCACUCCCACAUUAUCCAGAGAACGCAGCAUCACGCCUCACCUUUCAACCAGAGGUAAACAAAGUAUGAGGGCUGUGAGUAUGACACGCCUUGAUCAGUUGGCACAACCCCGGCAAUCUCACUAUAGGCACCCAGUUUCUACCAUCCCUGUAAAUAAAGCCUCAAGCAGAAGCAUGUGCAAUCUUGCUGCUAAGAAACCACCCAGCUUGCAACAGCCGCCAGACAUUAAAUGCAACAUGAGACCUGCCCAAAGCAUGAUGCAUUUAGCUCCCCCCAGGCUGACAAGAACCGCAAAAUUGCGAGCAAUUGCAAGUAAAUCUGCAUGGAACUUAAACAAUCCCUCUCCAGGUAAAGAUGCUUCUCGAUCCCCUACUCGUCCUCAGAGUUCUAUGUCUGGAGCGUCGGACAUCAGUGCUACCUCUAGCUCAGUUUCACUGAGAGCUCAUUCUGCUUACCGGAGACCCAGGCCUAUAAGUGUUGCCGGCUCAAUAGCCGACAGUUCCGUGCAUUUAAUGGUUAAGAAAGAUUUUGAGCGUCAGUCACUUGAUAAAAACGCAUCUGGCAAUAUGAAAGUGAAUAGGGAAGAAGUGAAGAAGAAAAAACCAAUUCCACCUCCCAAGUCCUCAACUGUGUUAGCAAGAGCCAAAUCACAUCCUCCACCUACAAAGGAUAAUUUAAGAAAGGCUCAGAAGCCAUCUGGUACCAAAAUGGAUGAUACACAACAACACCUCAGUAAGAAUGUGUCUCAAAGCAGAAAAAGCAUUGAAGUUGAGUUAAAAGUAAAGAAUACAUUAUCAGAUAUGAGUGUGUCUUCCCCUAAUAUAAAAGAGACAAUAAAAGAUGAUUCAGAAAUCUUAAACCAAUUGCAUGUUUCGGCCCGAAAUGACUCUGUCGAAAUUUCCUCUCAAACGACAAAGGAAACACAAAUUAUAAAUCAAAGCUCUUACCAAACAGAAAAGGAAACACAAAUUACAAAUCAGAGCUCUUUGCAAACAGCAAAGGAAACACAAAUUGCAAAUCAAAGCUCUUCUCAAAUAGAGAAGGAAACACAAAUUACAAAUCAAAGCUCUUCUCAAGUAGAGAAGGAAACCCAGAUUUCAAAUCAGAGCACUUCUAAUGAAAUGAAUUUGAAAUCUAGAGAGACACCGUUGUCGACAAUGGAAAAUAAAACUCAAAUGGAAAAUAGCACAAGCAAAGACACGAAGGUGCGGAUAACCUCGGAAGAAGAGGCACGAAUCGCUUUGGCUGAGAAGCGCAGAUUAGCCAGAGAGCAGGCUGAAAAAGAGGCAGAAUUAGAACGGAUAAGAUUAGAAGAACUAAAGAGGCAAGAAGAAGAACGCAUAAGAUUAGAAGAAGCAGAACAGAAAAGAGUCGAAGAAGAACAAAUUCGCUUAGCUGCAAUUCAUCGACAAUUUGAAGAAGAGAAAUUGAGGAAAGCCAUUGAAGAACAACAACAACGAGAAAUGGAGGAACAGAGGCGAAAAGAAGAGGAAAUGCGACAAAAGGCGGAGCGAGAAGAGCUCGAAAGAAAAGCUCGAGAAGAAGCUGAAAAACAGAGAAUUGAGCUUGAAGAAAAACUUAGAAAGGAAGAAGAAGAAAGAGCUGAACGAAAAAAAAGGGUGGAACAAAUUAUGGCUCGUACCAGAAAUAAAAUGGCAUCCAACGAAACUUCAAAACCAAAAGAAUCCCAAAGCAGUGAUCUCAGUAGCAAGAAAGAUCCCAUUCCAGAUCUACUCAAUAAUACUGAAUCAAUAACGACGAAUGGAAGAAGGACCACCUACGAGGAAGACAGUGCCAAUAAUCACUCUAAUGGAUAUCAUGAGGAUAUGAGCUGCACUACUAGCCCAGAAGAAGAGAAAUCAGAUGCAGACAAAUUACUAAUAGACAUACAAAGCAGCUGUGAGUUGCUGAGAAGCUCUUCAGAGUUCACAAAAUUGGUAGACUUACAACAACCUCACCAUUUGGACAAUAAUAGUGUAAAUAAUGACAAUUUCCUGAUCAAUGUAGAUGACUUCAAUUCAAAUAUAGUUGAAGACACCUCCUCCUUACAAAGAAAUUCAUCAUCUGCAAUUCCAGAUCUCCUUUCUUAGCUGUUGUGUAAAUUUGAAGAUGAGGUUCUCUUGUGAUUUAUUCUAUAGAUCUAAUUUUACUUAUUAUUAAUUUGUGAUGAA